UCGUGCUCGCGCGCGCGUCUUUCUUGGAUGAUCGGAAUUUUGAUCGUGCUUUUGCUUUUGUACUGAACGGAUAAAAAAAAAAGAUGCUGCGGUGAGACCUCGGUCGGACUUGCCCUUUUCUAGAUCGGGGAGGAUCGAGCAUUUUUAUCGCAUGCAUCGGUGCGGACCCGGUUCGGUGAUCAAUGAACCGACGUAAGAUUGCGGAGAUCUUCAGGGAACGGAUUCCGGCACCGUGAAGCCGGACGAAUCGAGCUGUGUGUUAGUGGCUUUCUUGUGUGUUGAUUCGAGUGCGCUCAACUGUGACAGACGACGGGAGAUUGCGUCAUAAGUGCGAAUUUUGGCAGACAAAUUAGGCAAGGGUGACCUUUGACCGGGGAGGCACCUCCGAUUUGACAGAUCCUUUCACCGAACGCCAGUUGGAAGGAAAUGGCUUCUUUCGUGGAGAGGUGUAGUAAGUAGACAGGGACAAUUAGUGCUGGUUGGAUUAAAAAACUUCGACCAUAUGUGUGAACUGUGAGCAUGGCGUCGUCAUCGGUUCAGAGAUUGGUCAAAUCAACGGUCCUCCACUGAGGAAGGCCAUUUUAAGUCACCGACGAAAAAUUCGAAACGAGAUCAGUGCGUGACUUCGUCAGCCUCGGCUCUCGACGGUUUAUGAAUUUUCAAUUGUGAUUCGUCUGCACCGUUUCCGAACUAUAGCAGGUGAAGUGAAUUGCCAAUCAGGAAAGAGCCGGCGAAAACGGCGGGUCAGAAGAAAAGUUUUUUUUUUUAUAUAUCAAUUCAAUUUUGAAAGUGAAACUAUACGCCGGCACUGAGAGCAUGAAACCGAAUCGGUAAAUGAUCCAUUACCAAUGGACGAUCGCGAUUUGAUCGUGAGUCAAUAUUGGCGAAGAAUUUGGAGGCUGCUUUUAACCUAGAAAUUGUGUCGGCAGACGAAACAAAAACAAAAAAAGAGCAAGAAAUUCAUCUAAAUUUUGAUUGAAAUCCGUUCGACAGCAGAUGAAAAAAAAGGUGCUCAGCCUAGGAAAAAAAAAGUGAGAAGCAAAAGUGUUUGGGCAAUUAUCGGUCACUGACUGAUACUUGUUUUGUUUGGAAAAAAUAAAAAAUCGAUAGCCGGUGUCUGUUCAAGCGUAAGUGUGUGCGUGUUCUGUUAGUGUCAAAGUGGAUCAAAACGGAGUUGAAGAAGAUCACCAAUUGAAAUUUGCAUGGUAGAAAAAGGCGCAAUCGAUAAAAAGUAAAACACGAAUUGAAUUGCAUUAGAUAGAUUAUCCCCAUUUUUUUCUGAACCGCACAAGAAUUUGCCGCGGCCGGCGUGGGUGUCAGCGAUUAUGGCAUCGUACAACGAGCUCGACUUCGAGUGGUCCAUACUCUGUGGGAAGGACUACAGGAACUGGAGUCAUUCAGAUCUGCAAUUGGCGGCGGAACUCGGCAAGACCUUGCUCGAGCGGAAUAAGGAACUGGAAACUUCGCUCAAACACCAUCAGAACAUCAUCGAGGAUCAGGCACAAGAAAUCGAGUACCUGACGAAACAGAAUGGCGCCCUGCGGGAGGUCAACGACUCCCGGAUGAAAAUCUACGAACAGCUGGAAGUCAGCAUACAGGACCUUGAACGGGACAAGUACAAGUUAGCUUUAGAGAACCAAGCCGAAAAGAAGCAUGCUAAAACCCUGUGUCGCACUAUCGAAACCCUAGAAUCCAAGGUUGAGGAACUGAACAAAACGGUGGACGACGUCCGGAGGCAGCUGGAAGCGGAACGUAAGAAAAACGAACGGUUGCAGAACGACACCAAUGGAGGCCGAAAUGGGAAGGAUGGCGUUCUGCUGCGGCCGGUCGGUUCCGAUGCGGGCGACGGGGAUAUCAGCGGUCCUGAGGAAGAUGAGAUCACCGAGAUCGACACUUCGCGGCCGGAAAACUUCUCCUUCGCCUUCCGGGACCAGUCGCAAUCGACGGACGUCACCGACGGAAGCAGUUUCCUGCACAGCAAAUACCAGCAGCAGAACCUGUCCGAUCUGAACCUGGCCGAGGAGAACGAGGAACUGAUCCGGAUAAUGCAGGAGCUGGAAAAGACCCGCAAGUGUUUCAUCGCCGAGCAGAACCGGGUAGCGGAACUCGAGGAACAGCUGGCAGCCAUCGCACAGGAAAAUCAAAUCCUCCAGAGCAAGAUAGUGCAAAUCAACACCACGGAGGAGAUGAAGUCCGUGCACGAGGAGCUCUCGAUCCUGGAGGAAGUCAGGUUAGUGGGGCAAGGCCAAAUGUGCACCCGCUGCCUGCGGGGCUUCGAAGACCGGGGAGUGGAUGACGAGUCGAUCAUCACCGGCACCGAGGAGGACGACCGUAGCCUGAUGGAUCUGAUCCAGAACACGGACACUCCGCAGGUCUACCGGUCCUCGGUCACGAUCAAGACUUCUUCUCCUAAGCCAGAUACCCUGGAUCUGUCGGUCGCUAGUUCAAACAAUCCAUACCGGGAGCUGGUGGAGAAGUAUGAGGCACUACUGGAGGUCCAGAGGAAUUCGGUGAACCGCAAACCGAGCGGCGUCGGUACGGGAACGGGUGGCGGAUUGCCACCGAAUUCGGUUUCGGCUGCACAGCAGCCACAGGACGGAGCUCCUCAGCAUCAUCACCAUAAUCACCACCACGAAGAGCUCGGUUCCGGUGAUUUCAGUUCGCUGAAUACCAAGUUUACGGACGAGGACGGCAGCAAGAAGGACGAUCAGAGCAGCAACGGAACGCGGCGGAAGAUUGGGCUGCGUACUCCGACGGACUUUUCCGAAGCGGAGACGACCAGUUCCGGCUUCUCGGACGAGAUCAGCAACAAGGCUACGCAGACGGAUGAACGUCCGAGGAACUUUUUGUGCACGAUUGCGGACGGAGAGGAUUGUAAGUUCAGUAUCUACGAGGACCAGACGGUGAUCGAUUCGAGGUUCCGGUUCAGCCCGUCGCACCGGGACCUGUUCCGUGAGAUUUUCACGAUCCUGAAGAAGGCUGCGGACAAUCGAGACGAGGGGGAACAACUCCCGCUGUUGGAUGAUCAAAACCCGCCGGCGUCGAAGGCGGUGACGGCACCGAAGGUUCCACCGGUGACUCCGGCGAAUGAGGAGCCUCCGAGCGAGUUCGGAGACGAUACGCAGAGUGUGAUUUCGUCGGCCGUUUCCGAGCAGUCAUUUGCCAUGUCCGAAUGCAUUACCAAGUCCGAGAGGAAGAAGAUUGAGAAGCAAACCAAGUACGCGGAGAAGCACGGCGAACAGGAGAACAAGCCACCGGUAGGUGUCGCUGCACUGCCAGAUGGACGGAUCUUGACUCCGUACAAGCGUCAGCCGCUUGAAUACCUCAGUGUUGCGGUGGGCGUCAACAAGAAGAAGUCUCGCCGCCGUCGCAACCGUGGCUCAGGAUCGGACAGCAUGGAUCGCUCGGAUUCACCGAUUGCUCUUCCAACUCCUACGCGGGCUUACACCAGCACUGGCAAGAAGGGACGUAGCUCGUUCCGCCCGUGGAACCCGAACGAACCGGUUGGCAGCCCGACUGGUAACUCCUCCGCGGCCAGCGCUUCCACAACAGCAGCAGCAGCAGCCAGCGAAUGGAACGGCAACUCGAUGACCAUCUACAACCGCAGCGUCAACUCGCCAACCCCGAACACCUCCUCGCAACGCAGCGACCAAAGCUUCCGCAAUUUGACCACUGGUGGCAGCACCAGCAGCAGCAGUGCCAACCGUAACGUCAGCACUGCCGGAAGCGGCAGCAACCGCUUUGCCGACCUUGUGGACGAAAACGGCGAUGUGGUCCAGUUCAAGCCCUCCUCCGCCAGCCAGGAUCUGCACAAACUCAAGAAGCUGGAUCUGUCCUACGCGGAAGUGCUGCGCCGGGCCGACCACUGCAAGCAAACACAGCGGCGUCAGCAGCAGCAGCAUCACCACCACCAUCACAACAAGUAAGCAUGAGCUUGAGCGCGACGCAGGUAGGUGAUUUUGAAUGUGUUUGUGUCAACAGAUCAACACUGUCGAAGAGUCUUGUUCAUAUAUGUUUUUUUUAAGAAAUUGUGACGACCACGUGCAAGAUUAGCGUUAGGGACAGUGAGGAAGCAACCAUAUUUUUGCAUCAGUUUUCAACUAAACUAACUUCCUAAAAUUUUAUAUUCGAAUUCCAAACUCAAACGAACAUUUGACAAACGUAAGCAAAUAAAGCAAACCAACUAAAGAAAACAGUAUUACGAUGUUUGCGAGCAACCGGAAAAUGCGCUUCGAAUUACUUGAACUUCUUUCUUGAUCGCGGUUGACCUGUGCCGCUACGAAGCAGACAUAACCACACUUUUCAUCCCGGUGACAGUUGCUGUUGUAAACGAACGGUUUCCAUGCAGCAAUGUCUUGCUUCUUUGAAAACAAAAACAGGAAACAAGAUGCGAAUGAAAAUGAAACAUCACACUCACAAACUAUUUAUCUGAAAAAAAAAAAAUUGCACGAAAGUUAAGGUUAGAAACAAAGAGAAAACGUACGCCAUAUUGAUUAGUUUGUUUGUGGUCGGUUGAGAUUCGAAAGUGGGCGCGACGACGGGAGAUGUCCUGUGUGACAGCAGCGCGCCGCAUGUUAUUUAAAGCGGGCUAAAGUUUGAUAAUUAUUAGAGUUUAGAACCUAGCGAGAACCAUUUAUUUAGCAAUUGUUAACUAUUUAGCUUUUAAAUUGGCAGCCACAACAAAAUCGCGUUUGAAAACUAUUAUUUUAUUGAGUAGACAAAGUAACAAAGUAGGCUUCUUUUCUGGUUAUUGUCAUUAUUAUUAUUAUUAUUAUUAUUAUUACGAUUAAGGCAGCAGCGUUGGAGAUUGCCGGGAUUUGUUGACCUUACUUUGAUCCUUAGUUUUCAAAAGCGAUUCGGGAAGCUGUGGACAACAAAGUGAGGUUAGGAAUCGCGACAUUUGCCUACAGCGACCAUUUUUGCGCUUCGUUCUUUAUUGAAUUUCUUAACUUUUGACAAGUCUGAUGAUGGGAGAAUGAAUGUGAAUGAGAUUGCGAGAGCGAGAAUGGAGAGUGCCGAGCAUUCGAAGUAGUAAAAAAAAAACAAUACCCAUUUAGGAGAUAAAAACCAACCAACUACUUACUCAAACACACAACAAAAGACAUUUAAGCAAACAAAA